CGAAAAACAUGGCGUUGUGCUCGUUCUAUUUAAUACACGUGUUUGAGAUCAGAAUUGUGACAAGUAUAUUUAAUCUUUAGCGAAAUGUUAGUUUGAUCGUUGAUAUCAGAAUAAUUUUAUUGAACGCAAAAUGACAUCAAAAAAUGCAAUUACUUACAGAAAGCAGAUACCAUGAUCAAGCACCUAUUAGUAAAGAAAAAUUAGAGAAAUAUGGUAAAGGUAAAGGAGUUGACGUACAACGAAGAACAUUUACAAUAAAGAACAAGAUCUUAAGACAAAAAUUAAGAAGAAAAGAAAGGAUUAUUGACGAUACGAUAAAGGACACUGCUCGUACUGAAUUACUUUUAACAGAAGAGUAUGGUUGUUUAGAGGCUGAUUCGGGAGAAACAACAUUACAGUAUAAACAAAGAGAAAUUGCAAACAACGUAGAUAUAACCAGUGCAUCCAAACACUUUACACUGGACUUGGAAUUUGGGCCAUAUUAUAUUAAAUAUACAAGAAACGGCAGACAUUUAGUUUUAGCUGGAAGAAAAGGACACGUAGCUGCUUUUGAUUGGGUCACAAAAAAAUUGGCAUGCGAAAUAAAUGUUAUGGAAUCUGUGCACGAUGUGUCGUGGUUACACGUAGAAACAAUGUUUGCGGUAGCACAAAAGGAUUGGGUGUAUAUAUACGACAAUGUCGGAAUCGAACUUCAUUGUCUGAAAGCGAUGCAUAGAGUUAAUAAAUUGGAAUUUUUACCUUAUCAUUUUUUACUCGCUAGCGCAUCUAAAGAAGGUUUCCUCGUAUGGUUAGACGUUUCUAUAGGUAAAUUUAUAUCCAGCUUCAAUUCUAAAGUGGGAAACGUAGCAGUAAUGACACAAAAUCCGAGUAACGCGGUACUUUGCGUGGGUGACACGAAAGGAAUAGUUUCUAUGUGGUCCCCGAAUAGUUCGAAACCGUUAGCAAAAAUGUUAUGUCACACUCAAGCGGUAAAUAGUUGUACCGUUCAUCCAUAUGGAACUUAUAUGGCGACCAGUUGUGCAGCUGGAUACGUGAAGGUGUGGGAUAUCAGACAGUUGGCUGGUCCAGUAAAUAAUUAUCGUGCACGUACCGCCGUUAAUCAUUUAUCUUACAGCCAACGAGGUCACUUGGCAAUGGCAAUGGGAAAUGUAGUAGAAGUUUAUCGACCUUUUGCAGAAGAAACAAAACCGUAUUUGCGUCAUAGAGAUAAGCGAGGUGUAACUAGUAUGCAGUUCUGUCCAUACGAAGAUAUCUUGGGUAUCGGUACAACCGGAGGAAUUUCUUCCCUCUUGAUACCCGGAAGCGGAGAAGCAAACUUUGAUGCUCUUGAGAACAAUCCUUUCCAGACUAAGAGUCAGAGACGCGAAACCGAAGUGAAGGCAUUACUGGAUAAAAUUCAACCAGAGUUAAUUUCUUUAGAUCCGAUUACAAUAACAGAAGUAGAUGUGCCUAGUUUGAAAGAUAAGAUAGAGGCAAAGAAGAAACUUUUGCAUCUUAAACCGAAAAAUAUAGACUUUAAGCCUCGCAGAACAAAAGCUAAGGGAAAAGGAGGAACGGCUAAAGUAAUAAAAACUAAGAAAAUUUUGAAGGAUUUAAGCAAACGGGAAAGCAUUGAUAUACUUGGUCGUGCAGAUGUUCUUCGAUCAGAAACGAAUAAGAUAGAAGAACCUAAAAAGGAUUAUGGAGUACUGAAUAGGUUUUUAUCAAAAUCUAGUAAGAACCAGAACUGGUAAUGUAAGUCAGUAUACGUAUUUCUUUAUGUUCUCGUACAGAAAGUUUAUUAUUAUUAUAUUUCUCACUAUUUUCAUUUUCAGAAACAGUUUAUAAUAUGUUAAUAGAAAAGAAAUUAAUUGAUUAAUUGUAUGUAUCGCGUUAAAGUAACAAGGAAUUUAAUAAAGGUAAGCAUUUUAUAUUUGUCUUGCUAUAAUUUAAUAAUUGUUACGUUCGGGGGGGGGAAUAAAUUAUUUGAUUAAUUCUGGAAAA